AAAAUAAACACAGGAGAAGGAAAACAUUACGGACAUUCAAAAAUCAGUUGGAGAUGAUGAUUUUGGGGAGGUAAGAGAUUUUAGGGAGAAUCGGAGAACCAAUUUGAUUUUCAGGGUUCAAGAAAGAAGAAGAUAGGUAAAGAAAAGAGAGAAAAAUGUUUUCGAAGAAAUUAAAUUCCCAAUUUCAUAUUGAUAAUGGCGGUGGUGAAGGGUUUGAUGGGAAAAGAAGCGGUGUUAAUAGAGGAGGAAGAAAGAAGUCUCAUUGGGGUUUUCUGGAAGAAAUUGAUGCACCAAUGUGGGUUGAUCUGAAGUUAGAAUCAAAAUCCAUGUACCAAGAUAUAGAUGAUGCUUGGUUUCAAACAACUCACCCGUUCCAUCAGUGCUCAUCACACAAGUUAAUUGCCGAGUUUUCUGCUUUACAAGAAGAGCAGGUAACCUCAAAUGCAGGCGUACUCGGGUCAUCAUCUACUCCUGAGCUUCCCCCUUCGGUGUCAAAGACGAGAGGCAAGAAUUACAAGAGUAAGGAAUGGAAAGGUAAUGAUCAAGCUAAAGUUGGGGAUAAGCAGCACCCAAUCAAGGUUUUGAACCGGAAAAUCAAGCGCGUAGUGCCAGGAGUAAGCCAUGAUGUGAAGGAAAAAGCAAGCUUCCCAAAUUCAAGACAUACCUCGAGUUUGAAAACAAUUUCAAAACCUGGUCCACUCCAAACCAAAUCUAGCUCAGGAUAUACAAAGUGCACCUCGAGUUUGAAGACAACCGCAGGUAGUGAAAGCAGUUCAAAUGGAUCCAAGAAGCCGAAUAUUAUACAAACCAAGACUAGUUUCGGAGUUUCAGAAAGCAAACCAACUGUAAAAGCAUGUUCUGUGGGAGAAACCAGUUCAGACAGCAUGCAAGCACCCAAUUCUAGUAGCUCGUCAAGUUCAAGCACUGGCACUAUGGUUCAAAGUUGUCAAUCACAGCCAUAUUCUGACGUCAGACCUACUCAGUUGUUUGGUCGGAAUAGUGAUUUUUUUUCUGAUGUAAAGAUCAGUCUCAGAAGAAGCAUCGUUACAAGACAAGCAUCGAGGGUGGAAGUCAGGGAUGGCAGAGAAAUUCAGAGCUCUUCUUCUAGCAAGUCCAGUGUUGAGUCGCCGUCAAGUUCUAACUCUGACCCUAAGGACAUUAAGAGAGCUGCAGGCAAUAGUAUAACCAUGACGAUUGCUUCUCAACAUACGAACCAAUACAUACGAAAUGGGACAACUAUUUCCAAGUCAUCUAGUAGUCAGUGUUCUAAUCUCAAUUCUAAGUUUGAGCGUGAACGUGUAGCUCGCCAAUCAAGUUAUAUCUACCAAGAUAAACCAAAGCUUAAGGCAUCAAAGACAAAGGUUUCUUAUCAAGCUGAUCCAAGAAGAUCAUUACGGGUGCGUAACGCACAAGAACAAAAUUCACUUGGUUUGAAAGCUAAAAAGCUUUUAGCUGACAGUGGCAAAGUGUAUCCUGGUGCGCCAGUUGGCCCAAAUCGGAAAGCAAGUGUCAAAGAUGAUACCUUCAAGAGCAAACUUCAGUGUCCAGAUGCUUCGACAAACGGCUUAGCAAGUAAGGAUGGCAAAGGGCCACUAGAGGAAAAAGCUGAUGGAAGAAUCAAAGGAAAAAAUCCAAAGACUUUAGCACAGAAGAAGGUUUACUUUCGAUAGAAGACUACUUUGAAUGAAAUUGUAUAGUACUGUAAAUACUUUCUUUUGUUUAUCCCAAAAAGAAGACGGAUUUCUCUUCUGCCAUUUUCAAAAAUCAGGACGCCUUGACCUGAUUUACUCUUUUGUUGUAGACUCGUCUAACUUUGAGAAUGUCUUUAUACAAUUUCAUGUGCGAUGGAAUUUUUUCAGCAGCGUCCCUUUUUCUGUUUUCAUGUGUAGAAAAUUGUGGGCUGAAAUAUGCCUGAGUGUUUGUAAUUUGAAGGAAAAAAGAAAAACAUUGCUUGAA